AUGCAAGUCUUCCGGUCAUUGUCCUAUGUCUCAAAAGCCUCUCUCUGUCUUUUCAUACUAGCACUCCUCGUCGGGCAGUCGGCGGCUUCACUUGGAGAUCGAUUGCCCGAUUUCAAAGAAUGUGUAAAGAUAUGUAAAGAAGAGAAUUGCCAAGAUGGCAAUUCUGCCAUACCUAUCUACCUCCGUCUCAUGCUAUGGACUUGCGCCGCGGAAUGCGAUUACACCUGCCAACAUGUUAUCACCGAGCGCAGAGUCAACCGAGAAUUCCCAAUGCUGCAACCUAUCGUACAAUUCCAUGGAAAAUGGCCAUUCUACAGAGUUCUCGGCAUGCAGGAGAUUUUCUCUGUGCUCUUCUCCUUACUUAAUUUCCUAGCUCAUUACUACGGACUGCGGUGGGUUGAGUCGUCGAUUCCGGCCUCGUACCCUCUACGCAAAUACUAUUUUGGGUUCGGAUACUUUGGAUACGCGAGUUGGAUUUUCAGCAUGCUGUUUCACACACGGGAUUUCCCCUUGACUGAGAAAUUGGACUACUGGGCUGCCGGUGCCAGUAUUCUCUACGGACUUUAUCUCGUGGUUAUUCGCGUUUUCCGUCUGGACCAGGAACGACCACGUUUCAAACCAACACUGAGUCGACUUUGGACCUAUCUCUGUGUUGGACUAUACAUUGCACACGUGUCCUAUCUCACAUUCUGGUCGUGGGAUUACACUUACAAUAUGAUUGCGAAUGUUGUCGUCGGAGUCAUUCAGAAUAUCCUUUGGACGGCAUUCAGUAUCUACCGGUACAGAAAAGAGCCAAAGAAGCCAUGGAUGGCCUGGCCCGCCAUGAUUGUUCUUUGGAUCUCGCUGGCAAUGAGCCUAGAGCUCUUUGAUUUCCCGCCGUGGUGGGGAUUGAUUGAUGCACAUGCCUUGUGGCAUCUGGGGACAGUUAUACCCACUGCAUGGUGGUAUCUAUUUAUCAUUCAAGACGCCAAAAACGACUUGGCCACGCAGAGGUUGAAGGCUUGA